AUGCACGCCCUCUACCAUUUAUCCACCCCGCGACAGCGACGCGGGCGCACGUUCCUGGUUUUUGGCGCCAACCCGGUCCGUGAGACCGGUGGUCACCAACGAAAUUUUAUGGAAUCUCAUAGAGAUUUGGCAGUCGGUCGCAUCCGCUCCAAAAAAGCUCGAGCUGUAGCGAGCCGUUUGUGGUCGCAAUGUGCGGAAAGAUUGAAUUCGGAAGGUACUAUAAGAAGUCCCAAGGAAUGGUCAAGGAGGGGUCCAUUGGAGGUGGAAGUGUCAUCGGAGGUGGAAGUACCAUUAGAGGUGGAAGUACCAUUGGAGAUAGAAGUACCAGAUGACUUCAUACUAGUACCACAAUAA